AUGCGAGCUAGAGGGGUACUUGUCACACACUGUGUUAUCUUGUACCUCCUUCAGAUGGUGGCACUGAGUUCAGAAGAAUUCACAGUGGCUGGCUUGACUAGGCCAGUCUUGGCUCCACUGGGUGGAAACCUUGAACUCAGUUGUCAGGUGUUCCCACCACAAAAUGCUCAGCACAUGGAGAUUCGGUGGUUCAGGAACCGAUAUACACAACCUGUGCACCUGUACAGGAAUGGUAAAGACCUGCAUGGAGAAACUAUCUCCAAGUAUGUGGAGCGGACUGAACUCCUGAAAGAUGACAUUGGGAAAGGAAAAGUGACCCUCAGGAUCUUUAAUGUGACUGCUGAUGAUGAUGGGCCAUACCACUGUGUCUUCAAAGAUGGCAAAUUCUAUGAAGAACACAUUGCAGAGGUCAAGGUUACAGGUAGGAAUGGAUUCCUUUGA